AUGUCGAAGCGCCAUCAUGCGGCCAAGUCGGCGGUGCUCUCGUACAAUGUGCACUGCAAAGAAUGCGGCGAGACAUUCACUCGUCAAGAUGCUCAAACGGUAGGUAGCUAAUCGAGCGUAAUCACAGAAUGGCCAAAAAUCUUCCGAAUUGAAGGGAAAAGUGAUCAAAAUUCUGGAUGAAAUGUACCACUUUAACUGCUUCAAAUGCCUCGCUUGUCAGGUCAGGCAUCCAUCAUUCUCAUCCGAUCUUCAUUUUUUUCCAGAAAGUUUUGGGCGUGGCUCCAAGCUACCCAAAAACGCCGGUGGGUCCGUUCCGAUGCGCAGAUUGCUUUCGUGAGGCAACGUCGCCGAGAUGUCACGGAUGCAAGAAGGCGACGUUCGAGAAGUGCGUGGCGGCGUUCGACGUCUACUGGCACGAGGGAUGCUUCAAGUGCAAAGGAUGUAACAAGCCGUUCAAAAGUGAACCAGAGAGCAGUAGGAUUCACUCAGGCUUCGUAAUCCACUGAUUGCAGGGCAGGAGUACGUGGUGCACGAGGGAUGCGCCUACGAUGAGGACUGCUACUACCGUUACGUCGAGGGCGUCGUCACUCCGCAGCGAGGUGAGAUCCGAGAAUAG